UAUUUCGCCCAACCAUGGCAGUAGUGAGAUUCGAUAUUUUUCUCUUGUUCGCGAUUUUAUGCGUAGGUUUUGGCAAGGAGAUGCCGGAGGAAACGUGCGAGACCAUACCGAACGAAUUACAUCUAGUUAAAGAGGAAUACGAUGAACUUGGCCAUCUACAGAGAACCUGUAGUGGGGAUGUAGCAGUCAACAAAUGUGAAGGAUCCUGUAGAAGUCAAGUGCAACCUUCUGUUAUAACUCCGACUGGCUUUCUAAAGGAAUGCUACUGCUGUCGAGAGAGCUUCAUGAGAGAGAGGAUCAUCACUCUGAACCAUUGUUACGACAUAGACGGCGUGAAAUUGGUAGAGGAAGGCACCAGUUCCUUGGACGUCAAGCUGAAGGAACCGGCAGAGUGUAAAUGUUUCAAAUGUGGAGAUUUGGCUAGUAAAACUGACUUAUGCGAAGUAACCCCUGUUAUCCAUGUAUUGCAAUAUCCAGGCUGUGUUCCCAAACCGAUUCCAAGUUUCGCUUGCAUUGGAAGAUGUGGAUCGUAUAUCCAGGUAUCUGGUAGUAAAAUCUGGCAAAUGGAACGUUCCUGCAUGUGUUGUCAGGAAUCUGGAGAAAGGGAGGCUUCAGUUUCACUGUUCUGUCCAAAAGCAAAACCAGGAGAGCGAAAGUUCAUUAAAGUAACUACAAAGGCCCCCUUGAGCUGUAUGUGCCGUCCUUGUACAAGCAUUGAGGAAAGUGCAGUUAUACCUCAAGAAAUAGCUGGAUAUGCUGAUGAAGGUCCUCUAUCUGACCACUUUUUGAAAUCUACACCACAAUAAUAAGAAUUUUAAAUAUGAUUAUAUUAUAAAUCACUCAUUAAUUGUGAA